GCUCGCCCCCGUAGGACCUGCGCACCUCAGCCUGAGGCCCUGGCCCGCCAUGCUGCUGCCACGGCUGAGCCCUCGGGCGCUCCCGGUGUUGCUGCUGCUGCUGUUGGGGGUAGCACGGGCGGCCGCGGGUGCGCCCAGGACAGGUGGGGGCCCGCGGCCUGCCUUCCGCACCUUCGCGGCCAGUGACUGGGGCCUCACCCACCUGGUGGUCCACGAGCAGACGGGCGAGGUCUAUGUGGGCGCGGUGAACCGCAUCUACAAGCUGUCGGGGAACCUGACGCUGCUGCGGGCCCACGUGACGGGCCCGGUGGAGGACAACGAGAAGUGCUACCCGCCCCCCAGCGUGCAGUCCUGCCCGCACGGCCUGGGCAGCACCGACAACGUCAACAAGCUGCUGCUGCUGGACUAUGCCGCCAACCGCCUGCUGGCCUGCGGCAGCGCCUCCCAGGGCAUCUGCCAGUUCCUCCGGCUCGACGACCUCUUCAAGCUGGGCGAGCCCCACCACCGCAAGGAGCACUACCUGUCGAGCGUGCGGGAGGCGGGCAGCAUGGCGGGCGUGCUCAUCGCCGGCCCCCCGGGCCAGGGCCAGGCCAAGCUCUUCGUGGGCACGCCUAUCGACGGCAAGUCCGAGUACUUCCCCACGCUGUCCAGCCGCCGGCUCAUGGCCAACGAGGAGGACGCCGACAUGUUUGGCUUCGUGUACCAGGACGAGUUCGUGUCCUCCCAGCUCAAGAUCCCGUCAGACACGCUGUCCAAGUUCCCGGCCUUUGACAUCUACUACGUGUACAGCUUCCGCAGCGAGCAGUUCGUGUACUACCUCACCCUGCAGCUGGACACGCAGCUGACCUCGCCCGACGCCGCCGGCGAGCAUUUCUUCACCUCCAAGAUCGUGCGGCUCUGCGUGGACGACCCCAAGUUCUACUCCUACGUGGAGUUCCCCAUCGGCUGCGAGCAGGCGGGGGUGGAGUACCGCCUGGUGCAGGACGCCUACCUGAGCCGCCCCGGCCGCGCCCUGGCCCACCAGCUGGGCCUGGCCGAGGACGAGGACGUGCUGUUCACCGUGUUUGCCCAAGGCCAGAAGAACCGCGUGAAGCCGCCCAAGGAGUCCGUGCUGUGCCUCUUCACGCUCAGGGCCAUCAAGGAGCGGAUCAAGGAGCGCAUCCGCUCCUGCUACCGCGGCGAGGGCAAGCUCUCGCUGCCCUGGCUGCUCAACAAGGAGCUGGGCUGCAUCAACUCGCCCCUGCAGAUUGACGACGACUUCUGCGGGCAGGACUUCAACCAGCCACUGGGGGGCACGGUCACCAUCGAGGGCACACCCCUGUUUGUGGACAAGGACGACGGCCUGACCGCUGUGGCUGCCUACGCCUACCGGGGUCGCACCGUGGUGUUCGCAGGCACGCGCAGCGGCCGCAUUCGGAAGAUCCUGGUGGACCUGACCAGCCCUGGCAGCCGGCCAGCCCUGGCCUACGAGAGUGUGGUGGCCCAAGAAGGCAGCCCUAUCCUGCGCGACCUGGUGCUCAGCCCUGACCGCCAGUACCUCUACGCCAUGACGGAAAAGCAGGUGACCCGGGUGCCUGUGGAGAGCUGCGUACAGUAUACGUCAUGUGAGCUGUGCUUGGGCUCGAGGGACCCACACUGCGGCUGGUGUGUCCUACAUAGCAUCUGCUCGAGGCAGGACGCCUGCGAGCGGGCCGAGGAGCCCCAGCGCUUCGCCUCCGACCUGCUGCAGUGCGUGCAGCUGACCGUGCAGCCGCGCAACGUCUCCGUCACCAUGUCCCGGGUGCCGCUCGUGCUGCAGGCCUGGAACGUGCCCGACCUCUCGGCUGGCGUCAACUGCUCCUUCGAGGACUUCACGGAGUCCGAGGGCAUCCUGGAGGAGGGCCGGAUCCACUGCCGCUCGCCCUCUGCGCGGGACGUGGCGCCCAUCACGCGCGGCCAGGGCGACCAGCGGGUGGUGAAGCUCUACUUGAAGUCCAAGGAGACAGGCAAGAAGUUCGCGUCUGUGGACUUUGUCUUCUACAACUGCAGCGUCCACCAGUCCUGCCUGUCCUGUGUCAACGGCUCCUUCCCCUGUCACUGGUGCAAAUACCGCCACGUGUGCACGCACAACGCUGCCGACUGCGCCUUCCUGGAGGGCCGUGUCAACGCGUCUGAGGACUGCCCGCAGAUCCUGCCCUCCACCCAGAUCUAUGUGCCGGUGGGUGUGGUGAAGCCCAUCACCCUGGCUGCCCGGAACCUGCCACAGCCCCAGUCUGGCCAGCGUGGGUAUGAGUGUCUCUUCCAUGUCCCGGGGAGCCCGGCCCGCGUCACCGCCCUGCGCUUCAACAGCUCCAGCCUGCAGUGCCAGAACUCCUCGUACUCCUACGAGGGCAACGACAUCAGCGACCUGCCGGUGAACCUGUCCGUGGUGUGGAAUGGCAACUUCGUCAUUGACAACCCCCAGAACAUCCAGGCCCACCUCUACAAGUGCCCGGCCCUGCGGGAGAGCUGCGGCCUCUGCCUCAAGGCCGACCCUCGCUUCGAGUGCGGCUGGUGCGUGGCCGAGCGCCGCUGCACCCUGCGCCCGCACUGCCCCGCCGACCCGCCCGCCGCCUGGAGCCUGGGCCAGGCACUGACUUUAUUAACGACCAUGGGCCUCUUCUCCUGGACCCAGGGAUCCCCUCCCAGGGUCCUGCCAGGCCCGGAGUGGAACUUGGGCCUGCGCUUCGAGGACGUGCGUCUGGGCGUGCGCGUGGGCAAGGUGCUGUGCAGCCCCGUGGAGAGCGAGUACAUCAGCGCCGAGCAGAUCGUCUGCGAGAUUGGGGACGCCAGCUCGGUGCGGGCCCACGACGCCCUGGUGGAGGUGUGCGUGAGGGACUGCGCCCCCCACUACCGGGCCCUGUCGCCCAAGCGCUUCACCUUCGUGACGCCGACCUUCUACCGCGUGAGCCCCGCCCGCGGGCCGCUGUCGGGGGGCACCUGGAUCGGCAUCGAGGGCAGCCACCUGAACGCCGGCAGCGACGUGGCUGUGUCUGUCGGCGGCCGGCCCUGCUCCUUCUCCUGGAGGAAUUCCCGGGAGAUCCGGUGCCUGACACCCCCUGGGCAGAGCCCCGGCAGCGCCCCCAUCGUCAUCAACAUCAACCGCGCCCAGCUCACCAACCCUGAGGUGAAGUACAACUACACCGAGGACCCCACCAUCCUGAAGAUUGACCCCGAGUGGAGCAUCAACAGCGGAGGCACCCUCCUGACGGUCACGGGCACCAACCUGGCCACCGUCCGAGAGCCCCGCAUCCGGGCCAAGUACGGCGGCGUCGAGAGAGAGAACAGCUGUCUGGUGUACAACGACACCACCAUGGUGUGCCGGGCCCCGUCUGUGGACAACCCUGUGCGCACCCCGCCCGAGCUGGGGGAGCGGCCGGACGAGCUGGGCUUCGUCAUGGACGACGUGCGCGCCCUGCUGGUGCUCAACGCCUCCGCCUUCGUGUACUACCCUGACCCUGUGCUGGAGCCGCUCAGCCCCACCGGCUUCCUGGAGCUGAAGCCCAGCUCCCCCCUCAUUCUCAAGGGCCGGAACCUCUUGCCCCCUGCACCUGGCAACUCUCGGCUCAACUACACGGUGCUCAUCGGCGCCACCCCCUGCGCCCUCACGGUGUCAGAGACGCAGCUGCUCUGCGAGUCGCCCAAUCUCACGGGGCAGCACAAGGUCACGGUGCGGGCAGGUGGCUUCGAGUUCUCACCAGGGAUGCUGCAGGUGUACUCGGACAGCCUGCUGACCCUGCCCGCCAUCGUGGGCAUCGGCGGGGGUGGAGGCCUCCUGCUGCUGGUCAUCGUGGCUGUGCUCAUCGCCUACAAGCGCAAGUCCCGGGACGCAGACCGCACCCUCAAGCGGCUGCAGCUCCAGAUGGACAACCUGGAGUCCCGCGUGGCCCUCGAGUGCAAGGAAGCCUUUGCAGAACUACAGACGGACAUCCAUGAACUGACCAAUGAUCUGGAUGGUGCUGGCAUCCCCUUUCUCGAUUACCGAACGUAUGCCAUGCGGGUGCUCUUCCCCGGGAUCGAGGACCACCCGGUGCUCAAGGAGAUGGAGGUGCAGGCCAAUGUGGAGAAAUCGCUGACGCUGUUCGGGCAGCUGCUGACCAAGAAGCACUUCCUGCUGACCUUCAUCCGCACUCUGGAGGCCCAGCGCAGCUUCUCCAUGCGCGACCGAGGGAACGUGGCCUCACUCAUCAUGACGGCCCUGCAGGGCGAGAUGGAGUAUGCCACGGGCGUGCUCAAGCAGCUGCUGUCGGACCUCAUUGAGAAGAACCUGGAGAGCAAGAACCACCCCAAACUGCUGCUGCGCAGGACGGAGUCAGUGGCCGAGAAGAUGCUGACCAAUUGGUUCACCUUCCUUUUGUACAAGUUCCUCAAGGAGUGCGCGGGGGAGCCGCUCUUCAUGCUGUACUGCGCCAUCAAGCAGCAGAUGGAGAAGGGCCCCAUCGACGCCAUCACGGGCGAGGCCCGCUACUCGCUGAGCGAGGACAAGCUCAUCCGGCAGCAGAUCGACUACAAGACGCUGACGUUGAACUGCGUGAACCCCGAGAACGAGAAUGCACCGGAGGUGCCGGUGAAGGGACUGAACUGCGACACGGUGACGCAGGUCAAGGAGAAGCUGCUGGACGCUGUGUAUAAGGGCGUGCCCUACUCCCAGCGGCCCAAGGCCGGGGACAUGGACCUGGAAUGGCGCCAGGGCCGCAUGGCUCGCAUCAUCCUGCAGGACGAGGACGUCACCACCAAGAUCGACAAUGACUGGAAGAGGCUGAACACGCUGGCUCACUACCAGGUGACAGACGGGUCUUCGGUGGCGCUGGUGCCCAAGCAGACAUCUGCCUACAACAUCUCCAACUCCUCCACCUUCACCAAGUCCCUCAGCAGAUAUGAGAGCAUGCUGCGCACGGCCAGCAGCCCCGACAGCCUGCGCUCCCGCACGCCCAUGAUCACGCCCGACCUGGAGAGUGGCACCAAGCUGUGGCACCUGGUGAAGAACCACGACCACCUGGACCAGCGGGAGGGUGACCGCGGCAGCAAGAUGGUCUCAGAGAUCUACCUGACGCGCCUGCUGGCCACCAAGGGCACGCUGCAGAAGUUCGUGGACGACCUGUUCGAGACCAUCUUCAGCACGGCGCACCGCGGCUCCGCCCUGCCGCUGGCCAUCAAGUACAUGUUCGACUUCCUGGACGAGCAGGCCGACCAGCAUCAGAUACAUGACGCGGACGUGCGCCACACCUGGAAGAGCAACUGCCUGCCCCUGCGCUUCUGGGUGAACGUGAUCAAGAACCCGCAGUUCGUGUUCGACAUCCACAAGAGCAGCAUCACGGACGCCUGCCUGUCGGUGGUGGCCCAGACCUUCAUGGACUCCUGCUCCACGUCCGAGCACAAGCUGGGCAAGGACUCGCCCUCCAACAAGCUGCUCUACGCCAAGGACAUCCCCAACUACAAGAGCUGGGUGGAGAGGUACUACGCCGACAUCGCCAAGAUGCCCGCCAUCAGCGACCAGGACAUGAGCGCGUACCUGGCCGAGCAGUCCCGGCUGCACCUCAGCCAGUUCAACAGCAUGAGCGCCUUGCACGAGAUCUACUCCUACAUCACCAAGUACAAGGACGAGAUCCUCACGGCCCUGGAGAAGGAUGAGCAGGCGCGGCGGCAGCGGCUCCGGAGCAAGCUGGAGCAGGUGGUGGACACGAUGGCCCUGAGCAGCUGAGCCACCGGGCAGCGACUGUCCAGCGGGAGACUAUCACGAGGACCCGAGGAGGCGGCCUCUGACCACCGCCGUUCUGGAGGCUCUCGGAGGCAGCUGCCCACCUGCGCCCGCUCCCUUCCCGCUCGGCGGGGGUCCUGGUUCUUAUUGGUGCGGUGAGAGGGUGCCUGUGGCGCUCUCCCUGCCCAGAGCUGCUCACCACAGGACUAGGGGAGCCCAGGUGCGGCUGGGGGCCUUGCAGGAGAAUGGGGUGACUGCUGAGGAACUUGCGGGUAAGACUGGAGUCCUCGGGAGGGGACGCCGUCUGGCCCCUGCCCGCGAGGCCUGCCCGCCGGGCCCAGUGGGAGUCGCAGACCCCAGCCUCGGGGGAAUCUGAGGGCCAGGGUCUGGCCGGCAGCCGGCGGGGAGGCUGAACGCCCAGAGCUCCCCGAGGGGGGCUGAAGUCGCUCUGGAUCGUCGCCCGAGCCCGCCACGCCGGGCACCCCCGCCCACUGCCACACCGCCGCCACCAUCCUGCGAUUCACCGCGUGCUCUCGCGGCCGAGGCCCGAGAGAAGCCCCCAGCUCCCUCCUAUGGAGGGGCUGCAGGACGGCUCCGCUCACGGCUCCAAGUGGCUUCCAGAAGGACUCGGCGACUCCCCUCCGUCCUCAGGGCUGUGCCUCUGGGAGCCGCUGGGCCUGGGGCUCCGAGUCAUCACGUUCCUGUUAUUUAUUCCCCGCCCCCCACUCUCAGGCCAGCGGGGCUCCGGGAGCCGCCUGGCCGCUCCUUCCUCUCCCCUCCUGCCUGUCCACUCUGUGUCCCCGCUCUCACAUCGCCUUCCAGUGGCUUCCGGUGUGGCAUCCCAGCAGCGUGCCAGCCCCAAAGACAAUGGGGCUCCGGGACUGCUUUCGAGGGGCGCCCUGGCGUGCUCCUGCGCGGGCAGCCAGGUGGCGGCAGGCCCUGGGGCCAUGCCCACUGCUGGCCUGGCUGGGAGCAGGCCUCUGACCAGAGGGCCUGGUGGUCGGCAGUGUCCACUUUACCCUCAGUGAGUGAGAGAGAACACAUUUUUAAUUAAAAAAAAAACAAAACCUGUACAUAUAUAUAUGUAUAUAUAUAUGUGUGUGUGUGUGUAUAUGGAUAUAUAUACACACACAUAUAUAUGUGGCGUUAGCCCCAGUCUCCAGCCCCAGUGGGGUCCUGUACAGUUAACUGGAGGAGAAAUUUUCAAAACAAUUUAGAAUAAGAAAAUUCAGACAGUGGGAAAGCAAUACCAAACGGUCGUGGAGACGUGGCCAGUUUCCCGAGGGGCACCCCUGAGGCCUUUGCCCCUUGACCCACCGGUCGUCUUUGAUUUCAUUUGACAUAAAAAGGAGAGAACUUCUCCCGAGCCCCCCAAGAGCUUCUGAGGUGCGGGGCCCCCCAAGAGUUUCCGGGGCACGGGGCCCGUGGAUCCCUGCAUGACUGUGCUAGCGUUUAGUCUGACUUGAUCUUUUUAAAACUGCAAGUGUUGAAUCCUAGAGGUUGUUAGCCCCUUUUUUAUGUUUUUUAAUUAAUCAGUCACUUGUGAAAGCAAACAGUCGGCCUGUCCCCUUCCCAAGUUCACUUUCUCGACGGUACUAAAGACUCCCGCGGACUUUUAAGGGACAGCUAACUGUGGCCGCCCAGCCCGGGCCGCCCUGGGCGCCUCGGGGGGCAGGAGUGGGGGCAUCGGGAGCUAGGGAGUGGUGAGGUCAGUGAGCUGCUGACUCAGGCGCCCGGGGGAGUCCCCGGGGGACGGAGCCCACUGUGACCAUGGGCGGCCACCGCUCGGCCCAAGUGGGCUCGCUCCCGGGGCCAGCCUGGGGGCCAGAGCUGAGGCCGCUCAGUGGAGCGGGGUGGCCCCUUGCUUGCCAGGAGUCCUGCCCCUGGGUGUGUCCCACCUCCCUGCUCAUGCACUUGGGGGAGACCCUGUUCCCCCUGAAGUCUUCCCUAUGCUGGCUCCUAACUGAAGCCCCAUUCUCCCAGUUUUGCUCUGGUCAGGUUGGGGGUCGUUGGCCCUUUUGCCAACUCUCUUUAGAACCCUCCGGACCCCUUCCUUAGGCCCCCGCCCCCACCCCGUCCCUGUCCCCAUCCCUGCUGGGCCUCCUGUGCUCACCCCAGAGGCCGGGCCCUCCCCGCACCCUGGUGCCACCAGGCAGGGUCUUUGGGAAGGCGCCGACCGGCCCUGCCUGGUGUGAUCCCCGCGGGGGCCAAGCACUUUAGCAAGGUCUGUUUACAGAGGGGCCGACCUGACGCCGCGCCGGCCUCCCAGGCGGAGGAGUUGGGCUGUGGCUUGUCACUGCUCCCCACGCCCCCCAGCGCGGUCCCCUCCCAGGCUCUGGACCCAGCUACUCCCGUGUCACCUCGAUCGGGAACACUGGCCCGGGGGUGGGGGGGUGGGGCCUGGCAGGGGUCUCACUGCGCAGUGAGGCUGGGGGCUCAGUGCUCUCAAGGACUGCUCUGCAGUCUCCAGGCUUGGGGUGCUGUGCUGGCAGUACCCACCUGCCCCAGACACUGCUGCUAUUGCCGCCCGCGUCUCUCAGCCCCUCCACCGCCCCCCCCCCCCCGGGAGCCUGGCCUCUCCGUAUACCUCGAGCUUGCCCUGGGCACCCCGACCUGGAGGCCGAGGGCAGGGGGCCCCCGAGGCAGAGGCCCCACAUGUCCUUCCUGCCCCCGACCUUCCUGAGAGCCUGCACUGGCUUUCUCCCAGCUCGGGACUCGAUGGCUCACGUCGUUGGUGCUACAUGAGCUAGAGUAGAUAUAUUUAGAGAGAGAGAUAUUUUUCAGACAAAGCCCACAAUUAGCUGUCCUUUAAUGCCACAGAGCAGCCCCCCCCAAAAAAGAGAAGAGCCCCUCAGCCAUUGCUUCUCACAGAAGCAGUGUGACGGUGGCGCUCACACACCCCCAGACUGUAAAUAUACGGCUAUUUCCUAUUUUACUGGUCUUCAGAUUUAGUACUUGUAAAUACACACACACACUAAG